GGUGGCGCAAUUAACCCCGCAAAGGAUCUGAGCUUUACCCUCUUACCCUUCUCAUACCCAGAUGCCUUUCCUAGGACAGGACUGGAGGUCCCCUGGCCAGAGCUGGGUGAAAACAGGGGAUGGCUGGAAAAGGUUUCUGGAUGAGCAAAGCAACUUCGUCGGUGACAUCAGCAGUUAUUGCAACGUGGAUAACAAUAAGGAAAAUCUCUUCAAUAAUCUGAAUUAUGAUGUCGCUGCUAAGAAAAGGAGGAAGGACCUGCUGAAUAACAACACAAAGAUACAAUAUCAGCAUCAAGAGAAAUGGAUCUAUGUGCACAAAGGCAGUACGAAAGAGAGGCACGGUUACUGUACCCUCGGCGAGGCCUUCAAUCGCUUAGACUUCUCAAGCGCUAUCCUGGACGCUCGCCGGUUUAACUACGUCGUCAGACUUCUGGAGCUGAUUGCUAAAUCCCAGCUUACGUCCCUAAGUGGAAUUGCCCAGAAAAAUUAUAUGAAUAUUUUGGAAAAAGUGGUUCAAAAAGUCCUUGAAGAUCAGCAAAAUAUUCGUCUGAUUAAAGAAUUGCUUCAGACCCUCUACACCUCCUUGUGCACCCUGGUCCAAAGGGUAGGCAAGUCCGUGCUGGUUGGAAAUAUUAACUUCUGGGUUUAUAGAAUGGAGACGAUUCUUGACUGGCAGCAACAGCUGAACAAUAUCCAGAUCACGAGGCCCGACCUGAAAGGGAUGACCUUGACGGAUUUGCCGUUGUGCCUUCAACUAAACAUCAUGCAGAGGUUAACGGAUGGGAGAGACAUCGUGUGCCUUGGCCAGGUGUCGUCUGAUUUACAAGUGCUCGGUGACGACCGCGUGUUGUGGAAAAAGCUUUGCCAGUAUCACUUCACAGAACGGCAGAUUCGAAAGAGGCUUAUCCUGUCUGACAAGGGGCAGCUGGACUGGAAGAAGAUGUACUUCAAGCUGGUACGAUGUUACCCCAGGAGAGAACAAUAUGGAGGCACGCUACAGCUCUGCCGGCACUGUCACAUUCUGUCUUGGAAAGGUACGGAGCACCCCUGCACGGCCAACAAUCCUGAGAGCUUCCUGGUCUCCCUCUCCCCGCAAGACUUCAUCAACCUGUUCAGAUUCUGAUGAUGAAACCCUCGAUUUGUGAGAACUUGGUUGGAUUCCGGUGGGGACGCGCUCUUUCCAGGCUGAGUCUGAUGACUUUGCUUUUGUAAAUAUUGUAAAUGUUACGAAUGACUGCGAGUCUCGAAAGGUUGGGCCAUGGAAUUGGAUUAUUGGCGAGACUGUCCGAUAAAGAAGCCUAUAUCUGUGGAAUGGUUUUUUUACAAGGAGGACUUGAUGGACCCUGGUCUUCUCUAAAGGACAAGCCAGGUUGCACGGCGAAUGUGUAGACGACACAUAGAAAUGUGGUUCUUAAGGAUAUUAUUCUGCAUGAACAAGAAAGCCAAGUUAACAAACUGACUGGGAAAUGACUGAAGUAUUCAUAGUCUUUACGAAAAGGCUAUUUGCUUUUGCUGAAGCUGUUAAUAUCUGUUUGUUUGUUUUUUAUAUAUUGUAUUGGUCUUUUGUACUCCAUCCAUUGACUUGCUUUCACUCGUUUCUACCUCUUACACCGAAAACCCUUUGAGGUACCUUUUUAUGUACCAGGACAUACCGUGUCUGUUAUGUUAAGCUGCCUGAAAGCAUUUGCUUAAAGUGUUUUUUUG